AUGACAUCAGUGAGAAUAUGCGUGUGCGGAGAUGAGAGCACCGGCAAGUCGAGCCUCAUCGCAACCUUUGUCAAAGGCGUCUUCACGCCCGGCAAGAUCCAACCUGUCCUUCCCGCCGUGACCCUACCCCCGAAUAUCGGCAAUGCAGGGACCACUACCAUCGUCGAUACCUCCGCCCGACCCCAAGACCGAACCACCCUUCGUAAAGAGAUAAGAAAAUCCAACGUCAUUCUGCUCGUCUACUCAGACCACUACAGCUAUGAAAGGGUCGCGCUAUUUUGGAUGCCAUACUUCCGAUCGCUGGGAGUUAACCUACCCGUGGUCGUAUGCUCCAACAAGUCGGACCUUACGUCCGAGGGAAGUUUCUCCCAGGUGGCCGAGGAGGAAAUGAAGCCUGUCAUGGCCGAGUUCCGAGAAAUCGACACGUGUAUACGGACGAGUGCCAAACUCAACAUCAACGUUGUCGAGGCUAUCCUACUCUGCCAGAAUGCUGUCGCCUACCCUCUUGCGCCGUUGUUCGACUACAAGGAAGGGCGGCUGAAGCCCGCUUGUGUGGAUGCUCUGCGCCGCGUCUUUUACCUCUGCGACAAAGAUCACGACGGCUUUCUCAAUGACGAGGAGCUACGAACCCUCGAAGUAAAAGUCUCCGGCAAGGCUUCCACAGACGAAGAGAUAUCGAGUAUCAAGAAGGCGAUCAACAAGUCUAUGCCCGACGCCGAUCUCGAAACCGGUAUCGACCUGCACGCAUUCUUACAAAUGAAUAAGCUAUACGCCGAGGGAGGGAACCAUGGCAACAUCUGGAAAAUUCUACGGAAGCAUAGGUACACCGACAGUCUGAGUCUAGAAGAUAGCCUCCUACGGCCCAAGUUCGACGUGCCCCAAUACUCUUCGGCCGAGCUGAGUCCCGCGGGCUACGAGUUCUUUGUGGACCUGUUCCUCCUCUUCGACAGGAAUAAGGACGGUGUGCUCGAUAGGGACGAGCUUGAGGAGCUCUUCGCCCCUACACCUGGCCUGCCGAAGCCGUGGAUAGAGGCGUCGUUCCCAACCUCAACGGUUAGGAAUGAAGCCGGCUACAUUACCCUCCAAGGGUGGCUAGCCCAGUGGAGCAUGACUACCUUCCUCGACCCCAAGACGACGUUAGAAUACCUAGCAUAUCUAGGUUUCGAGCCCUCCAACCCCAAGGACUCGACAAUCUCCGCGCUCAAGAUUACAAAGCCUCGGAAGCGCCGUCGGCGCCUCGACAAGGUGGAGAGAACUGUCGUGCACUGCUACGUCGUCGGCGCCCCCGGUGCCGGCAAGUCCUCCCUCCUCGACGCCUUCCUCAAGAUCCCCUUCGACGGUCUCCACCGACCAACAAUCCAGCCUCGCCGGGCCGUCGACAGCGUCGAGCUCCCCGGUGGCAAGCAAUGCUACCUCAUCCUCGAAGAGCUCGCUCUGCACGAGCACGCCAUCCUCGAGAACCAGGCCAAGCUCGACGCCUGCGACCUUAUCUGCUACGCCUACGACUCGUCCGACCCGGACUCCUUUUCCCACAUCGUCGAGCUGCGCGCCAAAUAUCCCCAGCUCGACGAGCUCCCUGCCGUCUACACGGCGCUCAAGGCAGACCGCGACAAGGCCACUCAACGCACCGAGCUGCAGCCCGACGCUUACACAGCGGAGCUUAACGUUAGCGCCCCCUUGCACGUCAGCGUGAAGUGGAGCAGCAUAAGCGAGCUGUUCGUCGCCCUUGCUGAGGCGGCGACGCAUCCGAGCUCGGCGUUCCCCAAGGUCGAGGAGCCAUCUCCUGAUAGGACGAAUUUGUACAUUGCCGUCACAGCAGUGGCUUGUGUUGGUGUGGCUGCCGCCAUGAUCUGGAAACGGUCGAGCACGGGGAACUAG